CUUGAACUGCGACUGUUACUACUACUACUACUACACUUACCAUAUCAAAAUCACUUACUUACGCAAGCACCAGCCCUCACCUCUCAAGCCCUGACACUUUGCCCUCUUCUUAGCACCUCUGCCUUAGAAGUGGAAGUCUCCCCACACCACUCCUCAGUGUCUUGUCUCUCAAAGGUCCUUCCACCUUGCCUACAUACUUGCAUUUCGCUCAAUACCCAAAUUACACACGGAAACAACGUCCCCGUCGCAAAAAUGUGCGUCAAGGAUCGCCAGCCCCUCGUCAAUGAGUGCUGCUCGACUUGCUGCAAGGCGGCCGACUUUGGUACCCAUGAUUACUGCUCUGGCAGUUCCUACUACUGUCCUCGCUGCCCGGACUCAUAACGAAGCAAAAGCAACCCCCUCUGUACAACCACCCAACCACGCCCUCCCCCCCUGGUCACAACACCCACGUUCAGCGCCGCACGAAUUCCACACUUUUUGGGCCAGCCGCAUCCUCACAGCCAUGCUCACCUACAUACAUUAGCCUGCAUCUGGUUCCUGAGCCUCUUGACCGGUCCCGAUCUUCCCGGCCAUGCUCGCUGCAUCUGCGAGUUCGUCGAUCUGUGGACAGCCCUUUCUCUAUGUGCCCACCUUACCCCUCCCUUCCAUCGUGAUGCGGCGACAAGUCGUCACAGUGGAAUAGAGGCAAGUGGCUUGGGAUUGGGGGGAAGGUGUCGCUCUCUGUG